AUGGGGAUAACAGAGACCGCCGGCGAGUCGUCGGCGAGAAAGAUCCGACGUAGAUUUCCAAUAACGAUCGAAUCUUUAGACGCCGAUAUACUCUGCAUCAUCUUCUCUUUUCUUGAUUUAUUUGACCUUGUUCACUGUUCCGUCGUCUGCAAUCCCUGGAAUGCUGUAAUCAAGAGGUUGAAGCUCUUACAAGCUUCAUGUCGGAAGAUGCAUCAGCUUGGUUCGGACUUUCCCAGUAGUUCCAGGUCACUGGAACGUCCAGCUGAGAUAGACGUGGAGGAUUUUGCAAUGAAACAUCACAAGAUGGGAUUACUAAGGGGACGGAUCGAUAUCGAGCGAUGGGAAGCUCAUUCGCACCGGGUUUCUCAGUGUCGAAUGAAGAAAGGUUUGCUUCUUACUGGUGUAGGUGAUAAGGUUAUGCGCCUCUGGUCAUUGAACAGCUACAAAUGCAUGGAAGAAUACUCCCUUCCUGAUGCUGCUUCCUUGAUCGACUUCGAUUUUGAUGAGAGUAAGAUUGUUGGCUUGGUUGGUACCCGCAUUAGCAUAUGGAGGAGAAAUGGACAAAGAAGCGUUUUCCCUUCUCGUGAAGGCACAUUUCCUAAGGGCCUUUGUAUGCGUUACAUCGACCCAGAAGCUAUAGUUGGAUGCGAGGAUGGGACAGCUCGUGUCUUUGAUAUGUACAGUAAGACAUGUUCGCAGAUCAUUAGGACUCAUGGUGGUCCAGUUACGUGCUUAUCUUUGAGCGAUAAUCAACUAUUUCUUAGCGGGUCAUCACUCGGGAGAGUAACAGUAUCUGACCCUUUGUCGGACCAACCAGUGGCUACUCUUAAAUCCACAAUAACUGCAGGAGGUAUACAGACUAUCUGUUUUAACCAAUCCUCUAAUCUCGCCUUUUCUGGAACAACCGCUGGAUAUGUUUCAUGCUGGGACCUCAGGAAAAUGAGACGGUUGUGGGAAACACGAGUGAGUCCUAAUGUCGUAUACUCGAUUCAGCAUCUGAGGAACGAUGCAUCGGUUAUGGUUGCUGGUGGAAUAGACGGUGUCUUGCGAGUGAUCGAUCAGAAGAGUGGAAGAGUUCUGUCUAGCUGUAUAAUGGGCGAGAAGGUCUCAACAACUUUGAGAAGCAACAACCAAGUGGUGGUUGAGAAAAGGCGAGGGAAAAGAGUUCCUCAAGAUAUCGAAAUUGAUAAAAUCGAAAAGAAAACUCGGCCUCAAAUCAGUUGCUUAGCAAUGGGAAUGAAGAAGAUAGUAACAGCUCACAGUGGCAAAUUCAUCAGCGUAUGGAAAUUCAAUCUCUGA